GACGGCCACGGAUCUCACGUCACAGGCGAGAUGCGCCUUCUCGCCAAUGAACACAACAUCCUGUUAUUCUGCCUACCACCACACACCACACACAAGUUGCAACCCUUGGAUGUCGGUGUCUUUGGAGGCGUUCAGACCAGCUGGUUGGCCCGCUGCGCGAAGGUUCUCGCCGAGUCUGGAGAGGAAAUGCCGCGUGCGGACAUCGUCAAGGAAUACCUUGAUGUUCGAGAACGAUGCUUCGACCCGGAAACUGUCCGCAAAGCAUUUCGGAAGUGUGGCAUUUAUCCAUUCAAC